UCCACGCCUUGGCAGCUCCAUGUUGAUCCAGAAGUUCGUGAAUUUAUGCUCCUUCCCUGUCGCAUUCCAUUUUGUCAUUGUUUUGUUUGUCGCAUUCUUAUUUUGUUUGAUUACUCGUGAUGCAGUCUUAUCAGUCCCUCGCUCGGCCUUGUCACCACACAUACCGAUGUCUUAGUCGACGCGCCACCGCCGUCCGGAGCUUUCACGAAGCCGCAGUUUACCAGUCUGGACACAGCAGAUGGUCCAAGAUCAAGCACGACAAGGCAAAGGUCGACAGCUCGAAGAACAAGGCACGCAGCAUCUUUGCCCAGGAAAUCGCCACCGCUUCCAAACUUUUCGGCGGCGACCCCAAUUUCAAUCCUAGACUGGCCGAUUUGAUCGUCAAGGCAAAUAGAAGCGGAUUCGCCAAAGCGUCAAUUGAGGCAGCUAUAGCUCGUGGACAAGGAAGAUCAGUCAAUGGCGCUGCUCUGGAGACGGUCACGCUCGAGGCCAUGCUGCCCAACAACGUCGGCGUCGUAAUCGAUUGCGAAACCGACAGUAGGCUACGAACGCUGGCCGAUCUAAGACUCAUAAUCAAACAGCAUGGUGGAAAUGCAACGCCGACGGGCUAUCUCUUUACCAAGAAGGGCAGGAUAAUUUUUGCGAACAAGGACAAUGUCGGUGUGGACGAGGUGUUUGAGCCAGCUCUGGAAGCAGGUGCACUAGACGUCGAAGAAGACGCCGAAGGGCGAGUGGUUGUCUACACUGAGACGACGGACACAAAGUCUACUGGAGAGACCUUGUCAACAGCAUUGGGACUAGACAUUGCCAGCUCAGAGAUCAUAUCGGAUGCCAAUGAGGAUACCAAGGUGGCUCUGACUGAUGCCGAAGCGACGCAAGAGCUGGUCAAGUUUGCAGAUGCAAUUCAGGACAAGGAGAGCGGAGUGCAGGGCAUCUACAUGAACGUCACCCAAGGCACGCUUGAUGAAGGCGCGUGGGCAGAAUUGGCAAGCAGAAUUACGGCUUGAUUGUAAUGUACAUAUAGCAGCAAUAUACCCAAAUGUCGAUGUUUCCCCUCUCUUUACGCCUAAUUUC